AAUAGGUGCAGAUGCCUCGCAUUCCGCCACCCGCCGGCCGCCUGUCGCCAUGACGACGAGCGCCUUGGGUACGCUCGUCGGCUGCAACACCACCUGCCUCUGGACGGGCCACAAUGGCGACGUCGUUGACAGCGCGCGCCUGGCCGAGAUCAUGCUCGCCAACGACACGUCGGCGGCAGCGGCGCGCAACCUGCAGUCGCACAUGGGUUACAUCCAAGAGGUGCAGCGCCAUGCGAGCGCGAUGGGCCAAGUGCUUGACAUUUCUCUCGGCGUCAACCCACGCCACUUGCUCCUGCCGGCAACCAUCGACGAGGACCCGGCCGAGAUGGUGCUCGAGUACUACCUUCGCAGCCCGCGGCGCCUUCAAGCUAGCACAUUACAGCCAAGUCUCAACUGGUGCAGCGAGUCGAAUCCCACUGGGCGCUCUGUCUGCGGCGAUAUCAAGAGCCAGAAGCUGUGCGGGUCGUGCUGGGCGUUCGCUGCCACGGACCUCAUCGAGACGGCAGUCGCAAUCGCGGGCAACGCGACGCCCGUCUCGCUCUCGACGCAGCAGCUUUUGAGCUGCAGCAAAGGGCCCCAAGUCCAUACGUUUCACUACUGCUUUGCCUCGUCCAAGACCGUACCGACUUGGCUGUCACCCAUGAAGCAAUGGAAUGCGACCAACGACGGGUGUGGUGGCGGCAUGACGCAGAACGCGCUGACAGACGCUGUGAGCAAGAUCAAGAACCUCGCGUCACGCUUGACGUGGCCCGACGAUGACGCGUCGUCGUCAUCCCGCAGUCCAUACUCGUGCGCGCAGCUGCCCGACGAUAGCUCCGCCGCCCACAUUACGGGGUGGGAGCCCGCGGUCAGCGGAAAUUCGUGUGCCAACACGAGCGACCCGACACGGCUCUUGCAAGACGCACUUGCGACCGGACCGUUGGCGGUCGCGAUGCACGCCCAGGGCCUCUUCCCCGAGUACAAGGGCGGUGUGUUCCGAUGCCCCAAGAUCACCAACUCGGACAUGAUCGACCACGCACUGCUUCUGGUCGGGUAUGGCUACAGCAGCGGCCAGCCGUACUGGAUUCUGAAAAACUCGUACGGCGCCGGGUGGGGCGUCAAUGGCUUCAUGCACCUCGCGGCCGACGACGACAUCAACUGCGGCCUCAACAUCUUUCCCAUCCGCGUCCUCGGCGCGUCCCGGGGCGCGUCGGUCCUGCGCGUCGACGGCGGCGGCGACCUCGACUUUGGCGGGCUCACCUUCGCGGCGUGGCUCGGCAUCGCGGUGACAUUUGCUAUCGGGACGCUCCUCGCGACGAUUGUGGGUGUGCGCAUUGCGCUCAAGCGCCGGGCCAACAUGCACCGCUGCUGACCGGUGGCCGACAUGAGCGCGACUGUACAUCGUAUUUGCGCUGUGUGUCGUAAUGAAAAUAACCUGGCUGCCAGCGAGCGAUCUUCCAUCCAGGGACUCGUAU